AUGUCUUUGAUUACAAUGAGUUUGUCUUCUUCUUUUCCUUUCUUAUUUUUUCUUCACUUUUUUUCUGCUUCUUCUUUAUUUCUUCUUGCUUCUUCUUUUCGUCCAUCUUCUUUAUUCUUCUCUUUUCUUCUUCUUCUUCUUCUUUUUCGCUUUCCUUCUUCUUCUUUUCUUUUUCUUCUUCUUCUUUCUUCUUCUUCAUUUUUCUUCUUUUUUAUUCUUCAUCUUUCUUGUUGUUGUUCUUCUUCUUCUUCUUCCUUUUCUUCUUUUUCUUCUUCUUUCUUUUCUUCUUCUAUUUUUUCUUCUUUUUCUUCUUCUUUCUCUUCUUCUUCUUCUUCUUUCUCUUCUUCUUCUUCUUUUUCGCCUUCCUUCUUCUUCUUCUUCUUUCUCCUUCUUCAUUUUUCUUCUUUUUUCUUCUUCAUCUUUCUUGUUGUUCUUUUUCUUCUUUCUUCUUCUUCUUUUUUCUUUUAUUCUUCUUCUUCUACUUUUUUUCUUCUUCUUCCUUUUCUUCUCCUUCAUCUCUUUCUUCUUUUUCUUCUUCCUCUUCUUCAUCUUCUUCUUUUUCGCCUUCCUUCUUCUUCCUUCUUCUUCUUCUUCUUCUUCUUCUUCUUCUUCUUUCUCCUUCUUCAUUUUUCUUCUUUUUUAUUCUUCAUCUUUCUUGUUGUUGAUGUUCUUUUUCUUCUUCUUUUUGCUUCUUCUUCUUCCUUUUCUUCUUCCUUUUCUUCUUCUUUUUCUUCUUCUUCUUCCUUUCCUUCUCCUUCUUCUUCUCCUUCUUCUUUUUAUUCUCCUUCUUCUUCUUCUUCGCCUUCCCUCUUUAUUCUUUCUCCUUCUUCUUUUUUCUUUUUUUUCUUCUUUCUUGUUGUUGUUGUUCUUCUUUUUCUUCUUCCUUUUCUUCUUCCUUUUCUUCUUCCUUUUCUUCUUCCUUUUCUUCUCCUUCUUCUACUUCUUCUUCCUUCUCCUUCUUCUUCCUUCUUCUUCUUCUUUCUUUUCUUCUCCUUCUUCUUCUACUUCUUCUUCCUUCUUCUUCUUCUUCCUUCUUCUUCUUCUUCCUUUUCUUCUCCUUCUUCUUGUACUUCUUCUUCUUUUCCUUCUUCUUCCUUCUUCUCCUUCUUCUUCUUCUACGUAUGCAACCAGUGCGAUGAUCACAGAGAAUCUCUUGUCUAA